AGCGCCUUCCCUGCCUGCGGCGGGACAGGGGCUGAAUCCAGGCGAUAUCCCCCACUUACGCUCCCCGGGGGCUCUGCCCGCCGGCAUGGGGGGCCUUGGCCUCGCCGGGAUUUCUGUGGAAACCCAGGUACUGGACAGGGUGGAACAGCUCAAACCAUCUGUUCUUCCCCUACUUAUAAACUCAACAGGAGGAGUGUGUUUUGCGAUGACAUCACUACGGAUGCUCUCCUUUUAUUCAUCGCGCAGCCGUCUGUGAUGGUUUCCUCAUGUGCCAAACACGCGAGCGGGUGCUGAGGGACGGGCAGGGGGACACAAACACCCCCUUAACCAGCGUUUCAUUUCUCCCCUUGGGAAGCAGGUCUGUCCCCGCAGAGGCUCCAUCAUCCCCUUCCCGAGGCGUCUGCAGAGCAACCAGCAGAGUUAGCUGGAAGAAACGAUGGACUCCAAGAAAAGAAAUAGCGUCGCUGACUCAAGAACGCAAAGAGGUGUUAUUAACGCCGAGCCAGAUCCCAUCCCCAAGAAAUAGGAUGCGGGAUGAGAGGAAUUGUACGGGGCUCCAAGGCCUUUUGCAGACCAAAUAUCAGUGUGAUUCCCUGAUUAAAGACAGAAAAGCCCUGUUAGCGGAGCUGGACAAGGAGAUACUAGAGCUGGAAAAAAAGAUGGCGAGGCAAAACCGGGCGGCAGUGAAGGCGAAGCAAGCAAACAGUAGCAAACAGCUGCAAAAGCAGAUUGAGACACUGGAGCUGCAUCUAAACAACGUCACCGUCCAUUUCCAUACCAUCCUGUCCAGAAACAAAGAGCUCCGAGAAGAGAUUGAAAAGCUGCAAAUCCAGAAAGCUCUUUUGGGCAAGCUCUCCUUGAAGCUCCAUAAGAAGCUGGCUCAGCAGAGGAGAAGGAUGAACACUGCCGCUGAGCAGUGCACACAAGGCUACAAGCAGCGGAUGGGGGCUCUGGCAAGGAUUGCAGCCUUGAACAAAAGACACAUAGAAGACACAGUCCAGCGCAAUGUUGAGCUGCAGGAGCGGAAGCGUGCCCUAGAAAAGGAGAACAAACUAAAAAACUUCAUGCUGACCAAGUGCAGAGAUCGCUCGGAAUUGGAGGAAGUGGCCAAAAAGAGAAAAGCCCUGAAGGCAGCCCAGUGGGCCAAGCAGAGCCAAAUGGAGAGCUUCGAGAGCCAGGAGGUGGCUUACAGGCGCCUGCUGGAGCUGGCAGAGGACGGGAACUUUGACCGCCUGGUGGAUAACUUCAUCGAAAAGGAGGGGAAGAACUUUGCCUCCUUCAUCUACAUCACUGAGCUGAAGAACGAGAUGGAGAAGAUGAAGCAGAGGAUCAAGGAUGUCCAGAACGAAAUUACAACCCUUAUGAUGGACCGGGAGGACGCAGAGACGAGCAACUUCCAUGUCCUGCAGGAGCUGGAGGAAAAACUAGCGGAAACCACGAGGGAAGCCAACUGGUGCGAAGAGAGAUGCAAAGAGAGCAGCAGAGUCCUGGGCCAGAUCAAAUGUGGCGUGGAGGCCCUUUUGGAAGUAAUCGGUGGCGAUGCUACGAAGACAACGGAGCAGCUUGGAGAAAAUGGGCAGAUCACGGAUGGGAAUCUGACGCGGAUUUUAGGUCUCGUGGAGAAGGAGACCAACGAGCUCCUGCUGAUGGAGAGCGUCCUGCGCUACACGCGGGCUGAGGGCUCGCAGCCGGCCCAGCCCUUCGCCAGCCCGCUCCUGGGCACCACCAGCCUCCCGUGGGUGAUGGAUCGGGCCCGGCUCUGCCCGCCGCCCCCCGCCCUGGACAGCACCCCCGCCGACAUCGCCGCCUGGGAGGUGCCGCUGGGCCACGGGCAGCUGCACCAGCUGGUCCUCCAGAGCUGCGAGAAGGAGCUGGGCCACGCUGCCGCUGCCGCCAAGAAGGGGAGCAAGAGCCUCAAGGACUGAGAGCCCGGCACGGAGGAAUGAAAUAAACAGUUCCGCUCCUCAGCUGCC